AUGAAAGCAAUGAAAAGCAUGAAAGUAGGUAAGGCAGCCGGAUAUGAUAGAGUUUCACUCGAAAUGCUAGGAGCUGGAGAGGACGUGGUGGCAGGCCUGCUUUACACCUUGUUUAACUUAUGUUGGGAACUAAAGCGGGUACCGGGAGGCAGGUGCAAAGCCGUGAUAGUCCCAAUAUAUAAUGGAAAAGGAUCACAGCAGGACUGUAAAAACUACCGUGGUAUCAGCCUUCUUAGCAUUGUAGGAAAACUGUAUGCUAAGGUUCUAAUUGAAAGAGUUAUAAAAGAAACUGAAGAAAAAAUUUGGGAUGAAAAAAUUUGGAACAAAACGUACAAAAUAAAUCUCAAGCGGCUUGACCAAGAAAAGCUAGAAGCCGCCGCCAAUGUCGCGUUCUGGCCAGAAAAUGCUGAAGGGGUUCAGUGCGAUCAUAAAGAAGAAGCGAAAUUAUUUCGAGGUACUAUGGCGCAAAUUUGUAACCUGUCGACGCCCAGAACCAGUCACCUCAAGCGCAGAGCAGUGUACUAG